AUGAAUUGCUUUUCAUGCGUUGAAAACCUUUGGCGUUCUCUGUCGCUUCAUCUGCCCACGUCCAUUGAACUCAAUCUUAUACAACAACUACUCCAUUUUCUCUCUGCAAACCUUGAAAUGCCUCCAAAGAAGAAACAGACGGUGUCCAAGAAGACAACAAAGAAGGAAUUAGCUGAGGCAUCUGUACAAAAUGAGGCCACCACCAUGGAAAAUCCUCAAGAAGAUCCAGAUCUUCUCACCCCUCCUCCAAAAAAGUCAAGUAUAGAAAAUGAAGAGCAGUUUCAAUCUGAUGAGGAAGAAGAAAACCCAAAUGAACCAGAUGAUCCAGACCCACAACAACAACAUGAAGAUGGAGAUGAAGAAGAAGAGUACAGUAAGAGAGCAAGUACAAUGUCCAAAUCAUCUGUGACAGAUGAGGAAGAGAAGAAUAAGAAGAAGAGCAGAGGAGGGGCAAAGAAGAAGAGGAAGGGCAAAAGGAAUGCAGAUUCUUACAAGAUAUAUCUGUACAAAGUGCUGAAACAAGUGCAUCCUGAGGCUGGGAUAUCUUCCAGAGCCAUGGGGGUCAUGAACAGCUUCAUGAAUGAUAUAUUUGAGAGGCUGGCUAAUGAAUCUGCUAAGCUGUCCCAAUACAAUAAGAAGAAUACUUUAAGUUCCAGGGAGAUACAGAGUGCUGCAAGAUUGGUUCUUCCAGGGGAGCUGGCCAAGCACGCCGUUUCUGAGGGCACUAAAGCUGUCACUAAGUUCAUGCAGAAUUAG